UAAACAACAGAAGACGCCAUCACACUGAUGUUUCAAGAAUUUUCAGUCUCUCUGAGUUGUACCACCAAGGAAACAUCAUCUACUUCUACUUAGAGAGUAACUUAGGUACUUAUUCCGUGGUUCUACAUUGUUUAAAAUGUUGCUAAACUUUUUAGCCAAAUUACUAGUAUUUUCUGUGUUCGUCCUGAUAUUGAAUUCUGAGCAAUGUAUUAAAAUGAAGACAGGAUACCCUGAAGAUUUCAUGCCUACCAAUCUUAAAAUCGAAAGAAUGGCAUCUGUAUCUAGUAAUGACAACAGAGUGUCAGUCAAGGACGAGUGGAUGAAUCCUACUUUUGAAUUCUACAUUUGCAAUAGCCCAGAGACUGUUUCUCUCUUUCACCGCGUUGUGGAAACAUAUUCUGGUAAAACGACGGUAGUACAGGACAUAUUCUACGACAAUGACAGAUUGCAAGUUGAAAAGAUGAAAAUUCAUAACAAAAGAAGUAGGCCUACAGCUAGGAUAAAGGUGAUAACUUACAGAUCAUAUAACAGUUGGUCUGUGGAGAAAAAAUUCAUUUGGAUUUUGAGAAACUCAAUCAAUCUCUCUCUACAUCUCUCGAAGCAAUCUGCUACCGAAUCUGUUCUACAAUUCUACCUACGAUCGAAUCUUCCAAUAAAGGUCUGCAGUCUCUAUUGACAGUCAAAAUUGCAUCCACUUUGGGGUUCCAUAUACCCUCCCACUCACUUGGUCGACUGUGCAAUUUAGCAUUCCACUUUGGGGUUACAUAUACCCUCCCACUCUCUGGCCGGUAUGGUGAUGAUGAUUUCCAUUGCCGGAGCAUUUCUUACAAAUGCCUACAAUCUUCGACAGCUUUCAACAUCCUCAAGAUAUUCAGGUUGAGUAAUUGUAUAUUCAUCAUAAAUUUGUAAUAUCAUCCAUUCUUAUUCAUUCAUCUGUCUAUUUUCAUUCAUACUGCUAUUUUUCAUUUACUUAUAUAGAUUUAUCUUACUUAUGAGCUGUGCCUACAAAGGCAAUCAAAGAGUUUGUCAUUUCAGGACAUUGAAUAAUAUUCAAAAUUUUGAAUACAAAAUCAUUUUAUUUCUUGAAUUUGUUUUUUUUUCACAUUUUUAAAAGUCUUUACAAUUAGCAUCACAUUCAACUUAUGUAUUUUGAAACUUACAUCACAAUUAAUUCAACAAUAAAAAUAACAAUUAUUCACUAUUUGAUUUUGCAAUUAUUCGCAUUACCUAUUGUUUUGGUAGGACGAGUUGUAUUCAGGACUCAGCCUACCUGGUCCUCUAUUAAUUUUGCUACCAGAAAAGUUAUUUUGAUAGAUAUUAGGAGUAUAUUUAUCAUUAUAUGUUUUGGCCAUCUCCGGUCCGGAUACUUCAUAUUGACAUAUGCUUAGAAAAUACAUUUAUUCUUAUUCAUUAUUUUACAUCAAUUGUGUAAUGAUUAUUGUCUUAUACUUU